AUGCAAGAUUUUCCCGAAGAAUUGGAGGAUUUUUGUGGGAUUUGGAAGGAGUGGAAGAUUGUUAAAGGAACAGUGAGUUUUUUGUUGCCACGUGGCACUUUUAUCUAACAAAAUUCUCCCAGGUUCCCCUGGAAAACUAUGGAAAAUUGCUGAAAACGAUCGAAAUUUGCGGAGAAAUUGCAAUUCUGGAAGUGAAUAUUGUGUAUAGUUUGAUCUAUCGGGUGCCGGUUUUGUGGUUCGCGAUUUCGAGCGAAAAUGGAGAGCCGGUGGAAAAUGGGAGUGUUGAGGAGUUUUUGAGGGGUUGUGCGAGGAAAAUGGGAAAAUUGGUGGUGGCGAAAUAUUCGUUGAAUGAACAUCCGGUUUUGGGUGAGGGAUUUUGAGGGGAAAAAUGUGAAAAAUUGGAAUUUUCAUGAAUUUCAAGCUGAAAAUCUCGAAAUUCUGGUUGAAAAUCGAUUUUUUUUCAGCCAAAACUCGUGAAAUUUGACAGGAAAUUGGAAACUUUCGCUUAGAAUUUGAAAAAAUCACAAUUUUCCUCAUAAACUUUAUAAUUUUAUAGCUCAUUGCUCAUAUUAAUACUAGAUUUAGAGCAUCUCUGAAUCUAGGAAUUGAUAUGAGCAAUGAGCAUGAAAUUCUGCUGAAAAUUCAAAUUUCCACGCGGAAUUCAUUAAUUAUGAUUUUUAGGCUGAAAAUCUCGAAAUUCUGGUUGAAAAUCGAUGUUUUCAGCCAAAACUCGUGAAAUUUGAAAUUUUAGCUUAGAAUUUCGAAAAUUUUCUGAAAAAAUCACAAUUUUUCUUGCAAUUCUCGUGAAAUUAGGCAAAAAUUUCAGAUUUUAACGCAAAUUUUUUUUUGAUUAAAUCAUUGCUCAUAUUAAACUCUAUAAUUUUAUAGCUAUUAUCUAGAAUUAUUGAGCUUAAAAUGAGCAAUGUUUGAUUUUCAGCAUGAAAUUCAGCUGAAAAUUCAAAUUUCCUUUUUGGAGCUCUCAAGGCGCGGCCACUAGGCAAUUAGGAUUUCUAGGCGCGGCCACUAGACACCUAGACUCUCUAGGCGCGGCUGCUUGAAAACUACCCUCUCUAGGCACGGCUCCUAGACAAUUAUGUUCUCUAGGCUCAGCUACUUGACACAUAGGCUCUCUAGGCGCGGCUGCUUGAAAACUAGGCUCUCUAGGCGCGGCUCCUAGACAAUUAGGUUCUCUAGGCGCAGCUGCUGAAAAUUCAAAUUUCCACGUGGAUUUUCUCGAAAAAAUCAAUAAUUUUCCAGGUCUUCUCUAUUACAACAUUCAUCCGUGCUCAACAAAUCGCGAAAUCUUCAAAUCCUCUUCUCCAGAAAAUUCCAUCAACAAAAUCGCUCAAUGGUUAUCGAAUUAUGGGCCGGAUUUGGGAAUUUAUAUACCUUCCGGCAUAUUUUUUUGA